UAAGUUAGAGUUUGCAUUGAUCUAUUUUGAUAACAGAAUCAUAAAUAAAAAUCUACUGAACUUUUAUUCUUUCUGUGAGUAGAUUAGCUUAAUUUCUUUUAAACAAUUCUUCAUAAAAUGCUACAACCAAAAGUGCUUACUUCGGUACUUGGCCAAGCGAAUACCGGAGGAGUGGAGAACACUAUCUUGCUCACACAUGAGGGCGCUCUGCUGGCCUUUUCCGGGUACGGCGACCGGGAUGCCACGAUAACGGCGGCCAUCGCCAGCAAUGUGUGGUCCGCUUACGAGAAGAACGGCCGCAAUGCCUUCCGGGAGGACCGGCUGAAGUACGUGUUUCUGCAGUGCGAAAACGGAAACGUAAUAAUCACACAGGUGGCUAAUCUGCUGCUGUGUCUCUAUGCGAGGGAUAACGUUGGGCUCGGCAUUCUGCAGCAAAAGGCGCAAGCGCUGGUGAACUAUUUGGAAGGGCCGCUGAAGGAGAUCGCUACGUCGUAGGGAAACAUCGCCGGUUCGGUAUGUUUUGGGGGAUGGGGACUAGGGGGAAAUUAAAUACACAGAUUGAUUUAUUCGUUGCACGCAAAACCGA